GCAAGAUUUGUGUUUUGAGCUUGUGCUGCCUUCCUGAGACAACAUGAGCUUCGGUAGAUCUGAUCUGCAGCCAUCACCUGAUCUGCCAUCAUAUAGUUCAGUCGCCUGUGAUGGCUGCAUCGCUGAACCGCCUUGACGGAGCCCAAGUGGAUGGAUGACGGUGGUGAGCUGCAGACGAAGAGGACGACAGCCAUGAUGAUAGCAGAGUGCUCGCCAGGAAGGGGUCAGCUCGCCUGCCUCACAUCUCGAAGAUCUAUCUCACUCGGGCGUAUCUCUCUCUGCUCUCCUCUCGACCGCUUCCCUCAGCGAUGACGAAGGACCGGAGGAUGACAACGAAGGCGCCACUGCCCAGACAACUCACGGUGCUCAUCCAUCCAUCUCAAGCAGCACCCCCCCUCAGCCACCAACCCAGCCCAACUCGCCAGCAAAGCCAACGCGCCCUCUCAUCGGAUUCUCGUCCGUCCGCCGCUCUCUCGGCAGCUGCCCCUCUCCAUCCGACAGCUCUCUUUCUCACAGCAACUGACCGACUGACACGUGCCGAUGGCCCGACUUACUGCCUUUCUUCUGGUGCUGUGUGUGGCGGCCCUGCUGAUGCCCUUGGCGGCCUCCCAGAGCAGCAGCUCUCAUCAGUACGGCCAUGGCAGUGGCUAUCAGCCUGACUAUGGUGUGUGCCACAAGAAGGAGCCAGUGCACUACGAGUGCCCCCACGGCUACACAUUCGAUGACGACAGCCACAAGUGCGUCAAAGAUGAGUACGGGGAACUCAUCUACUACUGCCCAAAGGUGAGUGAACCGGCACACACAGAUGGAUCGCAACAAUCGUGUUGCUGAUAUGUCUGUGUGUUGUGUGUGGUGCAGGGCACCAAGGAGGCCCAUGAUGGUUCGUGUGUCAAGUAUGACUACGCCGACAAGACGCCCUACUGCAAACACGGCAAGCUGGAUGAUGCCGCCCACAAGUGCAUCGACCACCAGUACUAUGACGUCGGCUACAAGUGCCCCCACGGCUACUCGUUCACUGCUGAUGAGACCAAGUGCUACGCCGACAAGUACACUGCCAAGCUCUAUAAGUGCCCUUAUGGCUACGAGCUGACCACUGACAAGAAGAAAUGCAUCAACCACACCUACGCCGACCUCAAGUAUUACUGCCCAAAGGUGGGUGGGGUGGGGUGAACGUCAUAACAGACACGCCAGUGGAUGUGUGUCAUUCCCUCUCUUGUGUGUCUGUGUGUGUCUGUCAGCAUUCGUAUGCCACGGCCAAGGGCUGCAAGGUGACGACUUACAAGGACAAGGUGGCCUCAUGCCCCCACGGCCACCUGGAGGGCGGCAGGUGUGUCGUCAUCAAGCACAGCUACUACUCCUAUUACCCCAAGUGCAAACACGCCUACUCAUUCCACAACCACAAGUGCGUCCUCAAGACCUUCCAUGACGCCCACCGCAAGUGCCCCUAUGGCUUCUCGCUCACCGCCGACCACAGCAAGUGCUAUGUGGACAAGUAUGUGGCCAAGAAGGCCAGGUGCCCCCACGGCUACAAGUGGAGCAAACACGAGAACAAGUGCAUCAAAUACGACUACGCCGACCUGCAGUACUACUGCCCAGAGGUGAGACCGAGAUCAGCACGACGCACAGAGUGAGGCACUUACGUCUGUGUCCGUCUGUGUGUGUCCAUUCAGCACUCUGUGUUGACGCACAAGGGCUGCAAGUCGACUACAUAUGAGCACAAGACGCCCUACUGCUCACACGGCCAUCUCGAGGGCCAUAAGUGUGUCGUCAAGAAGCACUACGACAUCCACUAUGAGUGCCCCCACGGCUAUCAGCUGACCAAGGACGGCACCAAGUGCUACGCCGACACCUACUAUGACAAGCUCUACAAGUGUCUGUCGGGCUAUGAGCUGACUGAGCACGACAGCAAGUGCGUCAGCUACCACUAUGCUGACGUGGCCUACAAAUGCCUGAAGGGCAAACUGACGUAUGUCGGCUCACAGCCCAUUUGCUGCGUCGACCACUAUGGCCACGGCAGCAGCACCAACUUCAGGGGGGCCAACAGCUACCGCUAGGAUAGAGAGGGGGACGGGUGGGCUGCCUGCUCUUUCCAUGUGUCUGAUGUGUCUAUGAAUAGAGUGAAGCCCUGUGUGCCCGUGUUGUUCUGUCACAUAUGUGUCGUGCCCUUCUUUGCUAUGUGUCUUUCGUGGGUUGUGCUUUCGUCUUGUUGAC